CAACAACUUAUACUUAUAUUUAUAUACUAUAACAAUAACAAAGACAUGUUCCUAUUCGAUUGGAUUGAAUCAUUACUUAACUGGCUUGGAUUCCUCAAUAAAGAGGGCACACUGAUGAUCAUCGGCCUUGGAAAUGCUGGAAAGCAAUCACAUAGACAAGUACUCUCUAAAGAUGUAUUGAGACAACAUAUGCCAACACUAAGACCUCACAGUGAUAGCUUCAAUGCUGGAAGCAUCAACUUUAAGGCUUGGGACUUAGGUGGACAACAGAAUCUUAGAUUCUUGUGGCGAGACUACUCUCCUGCCGCUACCAAUGGCAAGAGUAUUGUGAUAUUCAUGAUUGACAGUACUGAUCAACAGUUGUUGGCAGAGGCAAAGUCUGAACUGUACGAUGCGAUGGAAUAUACAAACAAUGCACCAAUGCUCAUUGUUGGAAGUAAGAUAGACAGAGAGGGAAUGUCACGCGAUCAACUGAUCAAGGCACUGGAUCUGGACACCAACACACUUGGUCUAGGCAACGAAAGGUCACCCAGGAUACUAGAUGUAUUGAUGAUCAGCUCAGUGUCAAGGAAGGGUAUUCCAGAGAUGAUGAACUGGUUGAUCAAGUGUCAUGGUCUGAUUGGAAAC